CCAUUAACUUUCUUCUUGGUCCUUUCGUGAUUCCAUCACAUAUAUCUCAUUAACCAUGGCCGAUUCUCUGACCGAAGAGCAAGUUUCCGAGUACAAGGAGGCCUUCUCCCUCUUUGACAAGGAUGGCGAUGGACAAAUUACCACCAAGGAGUUGGGUACCGUUAUGCGCUCUCUCGGCCAGAACCCCUCCGAGUCUGAGCUCCAGGACAUGAUCAACGAGGUUGACGCUGACAACAACGGCACUAUCGACUUCCCCGAGUUCCUUACCAUGAUGGCCCGUAAGAUGAAGGAUACCGACUCCGAGGAGGAGAUCCGUGAGGCCUUCAAGGUCUUCGAUCGCGAUAACAACGGCUUCAUCUCUGCCGCGGAGCUGCGCCACGUCAUGACCUCUAUCGGUGAGAAGCUCACCGAUGACGAAGUCGAUGAGAUGAUCCGUGAGGCGGACCAGGACGGGGACGGCCGUAUUGACUACAAUGAGUUUGUUCAGCUCAUGAUGCAAAAAUAGAUGGCUGUUAAUAUUCAAUUUGUUUUAUUUUUUUUGUUAGCGAAAGGGUGGGGGCAGAGAAGUGUACUCCACAGUAUCCCAUCUCAUUCCUGAUACAGCUUCUUGUAGUCUAUCUAUUCGAUUACGGUCACCAGGGGUUGAGCAUCAGCGCGCUCUCCAUUGUCAUAGUCGUUUCGUCGUCAUUGUUGCAAACAAUAUUAGCACCGACAUAAACUCUAGACCACGUCUGGUCGUGUCAGAUGAGGGACAACAAUACCCGUGUGCUUCACAAGAGAUUGAAUUCUCUUGGUUUGGUCGAGGAUGCUCUGGGUUGCAUGUUCACAUCCUUAUGCCCUCGUAACAGGCCGCUUCUCGCUACUAGCCCUCCUGUCAGUCGAUCUAGCCGCCUAGGUUCCAGUUUUCGUGCUUCAGCGGUAAUUAUGCUCAGACGAAACAGCCCAACAAGAAAAUACCCUCAG